AUGGCCGCCCGUCUACGCAAAACAUUCCAAUACCCUUCCGAAGACGCAGACAGCGACAACAGCGACCGCGAAGAACUGGACGAGCAAGAGCAGGAAACUCUUAUUGACGAUUUGGCAAAGCGCGAUCUGGACAAUACCAUCUUCUACCGCCGCGCUUUCACCGCUCUGCCUGCUGUGACGGCCCUCAUAUACUUGCCCGUGCUGUUCUCUGCCGAAGCUUUCAGACAUGUCUUGCUGGCCUUGCUGUCCUUGACGGCGUUGGGAGCCACCGUUUACAUCUUGCUUUGUGUCCCCUCUGCGCCUGUCGCUGUCGACAGCUCGAGAUUGUCUGCCGCCAUGAUCGACAGCAGAGGUCCCUUGGAUAUUGCUCUACCUUGGCUGAAUGCUGCUCUCACUGCUGUUCUUGCGCUCUCUGGCGUGCUGGCUUGGAAGAGAGACUUGGUCGACGAAGCCUGGCGCGCCUUGAUGCCUGGUGGUUCGUGUCGUCUCGCAUCCGACCCAAUCUCAUUCCUCACUGACCUGUUAUGUAUAGCCAUCUUCCUCGUCACCAUGUAUGCUCGCUCUCAACUAGUCCCGCUCGAUGUCGCCAGCUUGGAACGUCUAAAGUACAACUACAAAGGUGCUUGA